AACUAAAGUCUGAUUUAACACUUGAUUAUAUUUCACAUCAUUCAUCCACAUCUGUAAAGUCACUAACGGUAUUAAAUACAUGUAGAGUAAAAGUACACAAUUUACCUCGAUCCUGAAGUAGAGUAGAAGUAUGGCUACAUAGCGUAAAAUAGAAAUACUCAAUUAAAGUAUAAGUAUCUCAAAAUUGUACAUAAUUACAGUACUUAAAUAAGUGUAGCCUACUUAGUUACUUCCUACAUCUGAAAUCAGAUGACUUCAAGUCAUGUGAUAAUUUCUUAGUAUUUGAUCCUUCAACUUGGCCUCAGGAAAUGCAAGGACUUCACAUUUUUGGCAAAACGUUUUGGAGAAAGCGAAUCGGAGUCUUAAACAGGGACACGGAGGUACAUCUGCAGCCUCUUCAUCAUCCAUGCAAGAAGUGUAAAUAGAGGUGAAGUAGACACUGAGGAAGACUGCACUUAUUAACACCACGCUUCGUGUGGGCUCCAGUUAUUCCGCGCCGAAGUCCUGCUGCUUUCAUAGUAACAACAGUUUAUAACCCGUAGUCAACGAUGAAUCCCGAAUAUGACUAUUUAUUUAAGCUGAUCCUGAUCGGGGAUUCUUCUGUCGGAAAGACUAACCUCCUCCUCCGGUUUGCAGAUGACACAGGGAUCUCCUUUAGUACCAUCGGUGUGGACUUCAGGAUCAGGACCAUCGAGCUGGACGGAAAGACCAUAAAACUUCAGAUUUGGGACACGGCUGGUCAGGAACGUUUCCGCACCAUCACGUCCAGUUACUACAGAGGAGCGCACGGCAUUAUAGUAGUUUAUGAUGUGACGGAUCAGGAGUCCUUCAAUAAUGUCAAACAGUGGCUACAGGAAAUCGACCGCUACGCCAGCGAGAACGUCAACAAGCUGCUAGUAGGCAACAAGUGUGACCUCACGAAGAAGAAAGUCGUGGAUUACACCACAGCUAAGGAAUUUGCCGAAAACGUGGGCAUCCCCUUCUUGGAGAUCAGCGCCAAGAGCGCCACCAACGUGGAUCAAGCCUUCAUGACCAUGGCGGCAGAGAUCAAGAAGAGGAUGGGCCCCGGGGCCACGGCCGGGUCCUCGAAGAAGUCCAAUGUGAAGAUCCAGAGCAAGCUGUUCAACACCUCGUCCGGAGGCUGCUGCUGACCCCCAUAUCUGUGAUGGUUUCAUCUGAAUAAUACCCAGAGAGAGACAUUUUGAAACAGCCUAUCUCCUCGCUGAUGGUCUUGUUUGCUCAUAUCAUGUCAUGUAAAGGCAUCAGCACUAUAUUGAUUGUUUCAUAAACACAAGAUGAGAAA